CAGCCUUGUAAUUCUCACCAUCUUCCUCCGCUGCACAGCCUCCAUGAUCGGGAGCACGCACCACAUUCCGUCGCGUCCACUUCACUCAAACGGCUCUGCCAUCUUAUAAACCCCCGCACCAACCCCUCCUCCCAUGGCGGAAGCCCUCGACGAGCCCCCGACCCUGCCCUCCGAAUCCGAGCUCCCCGCGUCCUGCCCUACCGAUUGACCCAAGCCGCGCCUUGCAUCGUGCUCUAGGUCGCCAGAUCUCGGAGGCGCCUCUGGGAGCGAAGCCCUACCACCUCCAGGAACAGGAGCGGCUCAAUGGUGGACACGUCAGGCGGGAGGAUCCACCCUCACGGCCAGCGGCGGGGCGUGGCCGCCUUCGUCGCGGCCAACAAGACGCUGCUCGCCGCCGUGUGGGUCGUCGGGUUCACGCUGGUGUUCCUGUGGCAGAGCGCCUCGAUAUCCGUCGGUGCUGGCGGCGGCGGCAGGGGUUUCCUCAGGCUCCGCACGGCGUCGCUGCCGCCGACGCGCCCUGCGCCGCGGCUUCGCCCUACGGCGUACAACCUGACGGACUUUGGCGGCGUCGGGGACGGGCGGGCGGUGAACACAGAGGCGUUCGAGCGCGCCGUGGAGGCCAUCGCGGCGCUCGCGGAACGCGGCGGGGGACAGCUCAAUGUGCCGCCCGGGCGGUGGCUCACGGCGCCGUUCAACCUGACCAGCCACAUGACGCUGUUUCUUGCCGAAGGCGCAGAGAUCCUUGGCAUUCCGGAUGAGAAGUAUUGGCCGUUGAUGCCAGCAUUACCAUCAUAUGGAUAUGGGCGUGAGCGCAAAGGACCUCGCUUUGGAAGUCUUAUUCAUGGACAGAAUUUGAAAGAUGUAGUCAUUACAGGCCAUAAUGGUAGCAUAAAUGGCCAGGGUGAAGUUUGGUGGUUGAAGCAUCGCAGAAGAAUGUUGAAUAACACGAGACCUCCCCUUGUGCAGCUGAUGUGGUCCAAGGACAUUAUUGUUACAAACAUAACGCUGCGGGAUUCACCUUUCUGGCACUUGCAUCCGUAUGAUUGCACAAAUGUAACUGUUUCAAAUGUUACUAUCUUAUCUCCUGUUUCUGGUGCUCCAAACACAGAUGGCAUAGAUCCAGAUUCUUGUCAGGAUGUGCUCAUUGAGAAUUGCUACAUAUCUGUUGGUGAUGAUGCGAUAGCUAUAAAGAGCGGGUGGGAUCAGUAUGGGAUUGCAUACAGUCGCCCAUCUUCAAACAUUUUGAUCCGCAAUGUGACAGCCCAUUCUCUUGUGAGUGCUGGAAUUUCAAUUGGCAGUGAGAUGUCUGGUGGAGUUGCAAAUGUUACGGUGGAGAACGUGCACAUCUGGGAAUCAAGGAGAGGUGUGAGGAUAAAGACUGCCACAGGAAGAGGGGGCUACAUCCGUAACAUCUCGUACCGCAACAUAACUUUCGACAAUGUCCGUGCUGGGAUUGUGAUAAAGGUUGACUACAACGAGCAUGCUGAUGAUGGAUACGAUCGGAAUGCCUUCCCAGACAUCACUAACAUAUCAUUCAAAGAAAUCCAUGGAUGGGGUGUUCGGGUGCCUGUCCGUGCUCAUGGCAGCGACGUCAUCCCCAUCAAGGAUAUCAGCUUCCAGGACAUGUCAGUGGGCAUCAGCUACAAGAAGAAGCACAUUUUCCAGUGCUCCUACGUCGAGGGGCGUGUCAUUGGGUCAGUGUUCCCAAAACCAUGUGAUAACCUGGACAUCUACGAUGAGCAAGGGCAGCUUGUCAAGCGUGCAGUGACCAUGAACAGCACAGAAGUUGACUAUGAUAUAUGAGGCACAUAGGGCUCGUUUGGAUCGAGUCCUGGCCGGAGCUGCCUGGCCAGGCAACGCCCUCAGGCGUCCGAUUUCGAUCGCCUGGGGCUGACGCUGCUGCCUGGCCAGAGCUGCCUGCGGGCCUAUACUGCAGCGCUGAUAGGUGGAGUAGUGGAAAUGGGUGCUCUCUACCUGCCGAAAUCAUUUUUUUCGCUUUCUAAUUUUCCACGUUUUUGCUUCAGAAAUGUAAAUACAGAGGAGAUUCUCCUCUUCAUAGGUUUGCUGCUUACAGUGGCUUAUUGUAUCUCACCAGUGAUUUGGCCAUCAACAUUUUGCUCUUUGCCAGAACCUGCCUGGAGACAAAUCGAUGCUGUCAAAGUGUCAAUAUAGUUUACGCAUGAAAA